CAAAAAUCACAUUUAAACACACACAUGAGAAUCCACACAGGAGAGAAGCCUUUCUGCUGUGAUCUAUGUGGACAAAGAUUUAGCCAUAAAUCAACUUUAAACACACACAUGAGAAUCCACACAGGAGAGAAGCCUUUCUGCUGUAAUCUAUGUGGACAAAGAUUUAGCCAAAAAUCAACUUUAGAAAGACACAUGAGAAUCCACACAGGAGAGAAAUCUUUCUGCUGUGAUCUAUGUGGACAAAGAUUUAGCCAUAAAUCAACUUUAAACACACACAUGAGAAUCCACACAGGAGAGAAGCCUUUCUGCUGUGAUCUAUGUGGACAAAGAUUUAGGGAAAAAGCAAAAUUAAACACACACAUGAGAAUCCACACAGGAGAGAAGCCUUUCUGCUGUGAACUAUGUGGACAAAGAUUUAGCCAAAAAUCAACUUUAGAAAGACACAUGAGAAUCCACACAGGAGAGAAAUCUUUCUGCUGUGAACUAUGUGGACAAAGAUUUAGCCAAAAAUCCAAUUUGAACACACACAUGAGAAUCCACACAGGAGAGAAGCCUUUCUGCUGUGAUCUAUGUGGACAAAGAUUUAGCAAAAAAUCAACUUUAGAAAGACACAUGAGAAUCCACACAGGAGAGAAGCCUUUCUGCUGUGAACUAUGUGGACAAAGAUUUAGGGAAAAAGCAAAAUUAAACACACACAUGAGAAUCCACACAGGAGAGAAGCCUUUCUGCUGUGAUCUAUGUGGACAUAGAUUUAGCCAUAAAUCAACUUUAAACACACACAUGAGAAUCCACACAGGAGAGAAGCCUUUCUGCUGUGAUCUAUGUGGACAAAGAUUUAGCCAAAAAUCCAAUUUAAACACACACACGAGAAUCCACUAAGGAGAGAAUCAUUUCUGCUGUGAUCUAUGUGGACAAAGAUUAUAAACACACAUGGGAAUUCAUACAGGAGGGAAAAUUAGUCUGCUAUAAAUAUUUACUCAAACUGCACAGCUGUUGUUUGUUGCAAAUGUUUGUUGUCCUUAAAGGCAACGGUCUUCACUUGCUAGUUUAGACAUUUCUCUAUUUGCUUUUUUUUGCUCUGUGUUAAAACAUUUAAAUUUUUUAAAUUUGUUUAAUAAGUCAGACAGAGCUGUAGCACAGGUGUGUUCUUAGUGUACAGCGAACUUCAGAAUUUAAGUUCAAGAAAUAUAAACAUUUAUCCUAGACAGGUGAGUGAUAUGAAGAGAUUUAACAAUUUUAGGUUCCCAAUGUCAUUUUUUUAUCCUUUUCUUUAAAUAAAUUGUUCAUAUGACCAAAUUGUUUCCUUUGUUAGAAACAUCUUUAUUUCUAUCCUUGUUGUUCUAACUGUAAUUGUUCGGUAAGAGAGCUGAAAUUACAAAACAAUUAAAAGACAU